GGGGGCGGGGCGGGUGGGGGGAGCCAGGAGGCGGAAGUUCCCGCGGGCGGCGGGGAAGGCGCACGCAACGGAGUCACUUGUCAGCUCUCGUCUGAGGCGGAGGCAUAGCCGCUGAGGACCCGAGAUCCUUUUGUUUUUUGGGAAUUGGACUUUGAGCCAUUAGAACCAUGAGCAACUACAGUGUGUCCUUGGUUGGCCCGGCGCCUUGGGGUUUCCGGCUGCAAGGUGGCAAGGAUUUCAACAUGCCUCUGACAAUCUCCAGUCUGAAAGAUGGUGGCAAAGCAUCCCAGGCAAAUGUGAGAAUAGGUGACGUGGUCCUGAGCAUUGAUGGAAUCAGUGCACAAGGCAUGACUCAUCUUGAAGCCCAGAACAAGAUUAAGGGUUGUACAGGCUCUUUGAAUAUGACUCUGCAAAGAGCAUCUGCUACACCCAAGCCUGAGCCGGUUCCUGUUCAAAAGCCCACAGUCACCAGCGUGUGUGCCGAGACUCCUCAGGAGCUAGCAGAGGGACAGAGAAGAGGAUCCCAGGGUGACAGUAAACAGCUAAAUGGGAAAAUCCCACCCAAACGCCCACCCAGGAAACACAUUGUGGAGCGCAAUACAGAGUUUUAUCACAUACCUACGCACAGCGAUGCCAGCAAGAAGAGACUGAUGGAGGACACUGAGGACUGGCGUCCAAGGACUGGAACGACUCAGUCGCGCUCUUUCCGAAUCCUCGCCCAAAUCACCGGGACUGAACAUCUGAAAGAAUCUGAAACUGACAAUACAAAGAAGGCAAAGUUUGACAGUUCCCUGGAAGACCUCCCCAAGAGUGGACCUCACCCACCUGCAGUUUCUCAGGUUUUAUAUCUUGGUAGCCAAGUAGCCACACUUUCUAAAGUAACUACAUAUUCUAGCAGCUCCACCAGAAAUGUGGCGACAAGUUCUUUGGAAGGUUCUCGAACCUUGUCGACCUUGUCUUCUCCCACUAGAUAUAGUGCUGCAGUUCUGAGCAGUGCAGCCGCUACUGUGUCUGCUGUUCUUGCGACAAAAACCAGGCUCUCCAGUCCUGAACAAUAUCGCUCACUCCUGGAUGCACUUUGCAUCAGCCCUGUUUCCAAGCCUUUAGCUUUUUCGUAUCUCCAGCCCUCGAGGAAAUCAACUGGCUCUGUCCGUGUUAAGAAAACCAGCAGCACCCAAGAGGCUUCCCAGCCAUCAGCUCCAUCAGCAGUGGGAGCUCAGAGCACAGCCGAGAGACCAGGAAGCCCAGCCUUUGCCAGACCCGGGGUAGCGGGACUCACCACAGCUGCUGCCUUCAAGCCAGGAGGGUCCCCCAGCGGGAUUAAGUCACCAAGCUGGCAACGGCCCAACCAAGCAGCACCUUCCACCGGAAGAGUCACCAACAGUGGAACACCCACAGGAGCCGGGGCACCAGCCACCUCAGCCAGAGGGCAGCCCCAGCCCAGUAAUGAGGACACUUUAGUGCAAAGGGCUGAGCACAUUCCUGCAGGGAAACGAACGCCAAUGUGCGCCCACUGCAACCAAGUCAUCAGGGGACCAUUCCUAGUGGCACUGGGGAAAUCUUGGCACCCAGAAGAAUUUAACUGUGCUCACUGCAAAAAUACGAUGGCCUACAUUGGAUUUGUAGAGGAACAGGGAGCCUUGUACUGUGAGCUCUGCUACGAGAAAUUCUUUGCUCCUGAAUGUGGUCGUUGCCAAAGGAAGAUCCUUGGAGAAGUCAUCAAUGCUUUGAAACAAACCUGGCAUGUUUCCUGUUUUGUGUGUGUGGCCUGUGGAAAACCUAUUCGCAAUAAUGUGUUUCACUUGGAGGAUGGUGAGCCUUACUGUGAGACUGAUUAUUAUGCCCUCUUUGGUACUAUAUGCCAUGGAUGUGAAUUUCCCAUAGAGGCUGGCGACAUGUUCCUGGAAGCUCUGGGCUAUACCUGGCAUGACACUUGCUUUGUAUGCUCAGUAUGUUGUGAAAGUUUGGAAGGUCAGACCUUUUUCUCCAAAAAGGACAAGCCACUUUGCAAGAAACAUGCUCAUUCUGUGAAUUUUUGAAAGUCUGCAAUUCAGAAGAAGAGAAGACAUUUGAAGACAAAGAGGAGAAUUAAAAUUACCAAUUAAUUUUUAGAUUUAAUAUUUAUAUGGAGUUUUGAAAAAUAAUAGUAGCGCUGAAGGGAUAAAUUCCAAGCUUUGAAAACUAAGUCUAUGAGGAAAUAUUUGGCUUCAUAAAGCAAAGAGACAGUUUGGCAUUUAUUAUUACUUCUUUCCUGUAUUUUCUGCCCAUAAAAUAACUUCUAUAAAAACCAAUUUCCUGGUUGACUAUUAAAUUCAUCUUAGAAUAAAUUAGUGAAGAAUUAAAUUUUAGAAUAAAAACCUUCAAUCUCUAUGCUGAAAUAAUGAUACUUUCUUUCCUUAGGUAGUUACGAGUACAUCUAUACAAGGCAAUGAACAUACCUUACACUUAAUAAAUGAAACAUUGUGUUUCUUAAAAAAUUAGUGCUUAUCUUUAAAACAGUAAAUAGGAGUUUAAACAGAGAAUUUUAUCAGAGUAGAUGUCCGGUUCUUUUUGAAACUGUACUUAUUUUUUGUCUUUACAGUUGAUCAUUCCAGUAGGAAAGGCCAAUGAGAUUUUGAUCGAAAUGGGUCAUGCCCACAAGAGAUGUUAUAUUUUUCUCUGAUCCUCCCACCCCCAAAAGCCACCAUAGAGGUUAUUAUCAUUUUCAAAUGUUUGCCUUCUAUUAAAAUACAACUGUUUCUGUUCAUUGUGUAUGUUUGAUCACCUAUAUUAGUAAAACUUUCUAUUUUUCCUCUCUGCCAUGCUGAGGUAAAGAACUAGUUGAGUAACUUUGGUCUCUGACCCUGUUCUCUCUCUCUUUAAAGAGAAUAAAUAGAAAAGAAUGUGGUCAAGAAUUAUGGUAAACCAGAGGGCUGGAUCAAAAAAUUUUUUAAAUUCUCCCCUUUCGGACAAUGAAUCACUUAGGUUAGUUUCAGAGUGUUACUUACCACUGACGGAUGAAGCUUUGAAAGUUCUCUUUGCAGAAUAGUUUUUUUCUUCAGUUCUACGUUAGAAACAUGAAAGAUUGGCUUGGGGAUGUGAUAGAUUUUUUUUUUUCUUUUGGUAAUUCUUUCUCAGUAAUAAAUGAAACACUUCCAAAUGUAAUCACAAAGUUUGGAAAGCUGUUAUUCGCAAAGGUUUGGUAGUAUAGAGGAAAAUGUGAUUAAUUCCCGAGACUGGCCUGUUCUUUGUUUUCUUCAUUUUAGAGAAAAAUGACAUAGAUACCACAUGAAGACAGAGAAACAAUUGCAGUAAAAUUGUGGAUCCUUUUGACAUUUGCCCAGUGCGAAAAGAGAUGAUGGUAUUGAAGAGUUUUUUGUCUUUGUUUUCAGUAGGGACAAAAGCCCAUGACCGCACUAAGUUGUAACUGAACUUUGGGGAAUGGUGCUUUUCCAGUUGAGACUGAGCCCCAAGCUGUGCCUGUCUCACCUGUCACUUACACCUUCACUUCCAUUGUGCACAUGUUUGUUAGAAGAGGGGGUGAUUAGGCUGCAGUAUUUGUUUAACCUCCCUAAGAACUUUGCAAGGUAUCUGUCCUGAAAGCUGCUAAUUUAUGGUCUAGCAGAUUUAUAUUAUAUGCAGAUAAUAAUUAACUGGGGAUAAAAGCAAGACAAGGGUGACACAGAGUAGGCAACUAAAUGCUCCAAUAGCAACCCCAAACUACCUCCUCAGCCUGCAUUUUGUAGGGGAGAAGGAAGUUUUUGUCGUUCUCUUUUUUCAAACCUGGAACUGAAUUGUGUAUUAUUUCCUGCUGCUGCUGAAGCCACCUAUAGAGGACAUGCUGGCCAGCGUGCCCUGUCACGUAUCUGUACACAACAUAAAAUAAGUUGGUGGUUUUGUUUUGGCGUGGUAAAGAUUUUUGUUGUGCAGUUUUGCCUUUAUAGAUUAUAUGCCAAGAUAGUAUUUGAUAAGUCAGUGGCAUCUGAAUGGCAUUUGGGUAUUUCCUUCAAAGAACUUUAUUUGACCUGAAUUUCUUAGAAAGUUAUGUUAAGGAUUUCGUUCUUUUUAUUUUUAGCCCCCCCCCUCCCCGCCACCCCUGGCAUAUGGACGUUCCCAGGCUAGGGGUCGAAUUGGAGCUGCAGCUGCCAGCCUACACCAUAGCCACAGCAACUCAGGAUCUGAGCUGCAUCUGUGACUACACCACAGCUCAGAGCAAUGCUGGAUCCUUAACCCACUGAGCAAGGCCAGGGAUCGCACCGCAUCCUCGUAGAUACUAGUUGGGUUCGUUGCUUCUGAGCCACCACCGAAACUCCCAAGAUUUCAUUCUUAUUACACUUUUCUUUCUGCAUAUUAUUCAUAGAGCAUAAUGUUGCAUUUCUCUAAAUUUUAUCCCUGGAAGGAAAACAUCGCUUCCUAACUUAUCCUUCUGUCUUUGUGCUUUGUCCUUCUCUUCUGUGGCAAAGCCUUCUCUUUGUUCCUAAGAUAAUAGUUAAUCUUGUGAAAUAAAUAUUGAUGAUCACCCAGAAGGAUCUCUGUAUCUUACAGUGGGGAUGUCCUAUUUAAUACACCAGCAUUAAUCCUUUAAUAACUGGCAUAGCACUUUAUUCUUCUGGUGAGCUACCUGAAUAUUUAUUUUUCUGAUUAUAAAUAUUCCAUGUCAGUAGCAUUUUUGUAAUUAUUACCUCUUUAUUGUAGAGCAGUACUUUUUAUCUCUCUGGAUGUAUAUUUUGGAUGCUGUGCAUAUAAUACAGAUUAAAAUCACUGUUCCUGACGCCAAGACAUCCCCUGCUUGUGUUUCCCAGUUUUCAAAUGUUAGUGAAAGUUCAGAUGUACAACAGUUCAUUUCUCCAAGGACCAACCGUUGCUCUCGGAAGUAGCUGCCCAAAAGUAAUGCCCUCUGCUUAUGCUCGUAGCAUUAUUUCCUGUGGAUACAGGUUACAUUUAGAGUCUCAACUAAAACCUGAUCCAUUUGGUCACAGUAUGAAGACAAGGAGAAAUAAAAGUUUAAAGUCUUCAACAUGUUGGUGCAGCUUUAUAUUUAAAAAUGAUCUACAACAAAAAGGUAUUUGGGAUACCAGUUUCAAGGACCACUUUUACUGAAAGUAAUUCCUCUUCCCUGUUCCAGUGUGAAUGUGGUGGUGUACUAAUAUUUCUGUGAUAUUUGGGUUUAGUCACCCCUAUUGAAAGGAGAGGCUUUUCAGACAUAAGGGAAGGGAACAUACCCUGAAUAAUUUUACACGAAUUUAAUGUGGCUUCAGUUUGUUACCUCUUCACCCCCUCAAUAUUUUAAGGUAUUGGAUUUGGAUUUUCAGUGUAUCAUUUGCCUUAUGUAUUAAUCCCUAUCCUAUGUUUCUUUACAUUUUUCCGUUUGCAUAUGUCUGUUCUGUUUUGCUUGUGGAUAUGUCUUCUAAUUAAAAACCACAUGAGAAAUAUAGUCAGUAUGGUAAUACCCUAAGUGCACAUAUUCAAUAAAUAAAUGGCUGCAGUGAUACAGA